AUGGGUUACUUCGUUCUCUCCGAGACGAGCGCUGGCUAUGUUCUUUUCAAUGCCGACAAAAGUGCUUUUAAAAACCCAGAGUCCGUUGAGACUGACACGGCAGAGGGCAUUAACAAGAUCUUGAAAUUGAAGCAUUUCGAGAAGUUCGACUCCGCUGCGACAGCUCUGGAAGAAGUCGCGUCGCUGGUGGAGGGGAAAGUGUCGCCCAUGCUCGCGAACCUUUUGAAUACCCUUAAAGACGAAAAAAAAGCUUCAUUGGCCGUGGCGGAUCCUAAACUCGGAGCUGCGAUCAACAAACUCCCAGGACUCAGCUUAACACUCCUCUCCGAUUCGAAAUCACAGGACAUAUAUCGUGCGAUCCGCGACCACUUACCAUCCUUAAUCCCAGGUCUCCUACCUGAAAACAUUUCAACCAUGUCUCUCGGUCUUUCCCAUUCUUUAUCUCGACACAAGCUCAAGUUCUCGCCAGACAAGGUCGACACAAUGAUCGUGCAAGCGAUAGCUUUACUCGACGAUCUAGACAAGGAGUUGAAUACCUACGCCAUGAGGGUCAAGGAGUGGUACGGGUGGCAUUUCCCUGAGAUGGGUCGCAUUGUGAACGACAAUUUGGCUUACGCAAGAAUCAUUCUCAAGGUCGGCAUGCGGUCGAACACUUCAAAUACUGACCUGACCGACAUUCUUCCCGAAGAAAUCGAGACUGCUGUAAAAUCUGCUGCUGAAGUCAGUAUGGGAACUGAAAUUACCGAGGAGGAUUUGGACAAUAUCAAACUGUUAGCCGAACAAGUCGUCGGCUUUACCGAGUACCGUCAACAACUGUCAAGCUACUUGACAUCUCGAAUGCAAGCUAUUGCACCUAAUCUUACUGAGUUGGUUGGCGAGCUUGUUGGAGCAAGACUCAUUGCUCAUUCGGGGUCCCUCAUCAACCUUGCAAAGAGUCCCGCCAGUACGAUUCAAAUUCUCGGAGCUGAGAAGGCGCUGUUCAGAGCGCUCAAGACCAAACAUGAUACACCAAAAUAUGGUCUUAUCUACCAUGCGUCUUUGGUUGGCCAAGCCACGGGAAAGAACAAGGGCAAAAUUGCUCGUAUGCUGGCCGCGAAAACAGCGAUUGGUCUACGUGUCGAUGCUCUUUCAGACUGGAGCGCUCACGGUGAAGGCAAAGGUGAUGAUAUUGAUGAUGAGGAGCGCUCAAUGUUGGGUGUCACCUCCCGAGCAAAGAUUGAGCGCCAGCUACGACUCUUGGAAGGGAAGCCAAUCUUGCCAAGGGGUGUCGCUGUUGGACCUAAUGGCACUGCUGUCUCCACCCCAGGUAAAUGGGAGAUCAAGGAAGCCAAGAAAUACAACGCUGACGCUGACGGACUUGCUGGGGACGCUCCUGCUGCCAUUGAGCCUGUUUCUGAAAAGAAAUCGAAGAAGGAUAAGAAAGAGAAGAAAUCCAAAAAGGAAGAGGCCCCUAAGAAGAAAAUAAUCGAGGAGAUAGCUUCAGACAACGAAUCUGAUGGAGACGAGGAGAUGGCUGAUGUUUCAGCUGGCUUAGGUUUGGCUCCACCUUCAUUAGAUGGUACUGCAGCAAAGCCAGUUGCAACGAAAUCCAAGGACAAGUCUGAGAAGAAGAAGGACAAGGAGGCGAGGAAAGCUGAGAAGAAAGCAGCAAAGGCCGUAGCGGUGGUAGCGGUAGUAACGACGCCUGCUGAGCAGGAAGAUCCUGACGUGGAAGCUGCCAAAGCAGCGGGUCUGUCUCUCGAAAAAUACAAGAAGAAGCAAGCGAAGAAGCAGAAGAAGGCCGAGGAAAAGGCACCUGCAACUCCUGAGGUCGCCAACGGCAAAAAGCGGAAAUCUGAAGACGAUGUUGAGAAAUCUGAAAAGAAGAAAAAGAAGAAGAGUAAGGCUUGA